UGUGUUCGGCUGCUUUGGAUUGAUAACACUGGUGUAAAUUAUUCCGCUAAUCUUUAAUUCCGAUUUAAUUGUGGUGGACUCAAUGACGGAAUUGAAAUCCUCUUAAUUUUGUUCAAGUCAACAGAAGAUUACGUGAACCAUUCUACUACCCUAUACUUGUUUUUUUGUCCGAUCCCUUGGUUGACAGUUGAACCGUGACAUUACCUCCAACGAGCACCUGUUUCCAGGAGAACGACUAGGAUCAGGAGCUCGCGUGACAUCUCCCAGUAACAGGGACAUAAUGAAUGGAAUGCUUGAUAUUGGUCAAAAGAUAUCGAUUUUAACCACUUCCUAGUAAUGAACUGAUCUCAGCUCAAAAUUUUCGGAAAAAGAAGCCAUGGUAAAGAGAACGGUCUAUAUCCGCGUGGUGUUCCUGAAGGUGGGGGAGAUUGACACGGUCAAGGAGAAAUACUUUGCCGAUGUCUUCGUCCAGGCAAGAUGGCGAGAGCCGGCAUUGGAUCACAGUCAACACCUGAAGAACAGUAACUUGGACAACUACUGGGGUCCCAAAAUAUCUGUUCAGAAUGUAAUCGACUUUAAGAAAAAGAAAGUAUUAAAAGAGUUGAAUUUUAACCCCCAUGGCGAGGCUUUCAUAACAGAGAAAAGAAAAAUCAGCGGAAACUUCUCGGAGAAGCUAGAGCUGAUGGACUUUCCGUUUGAUCACCAGUAUUUGAACCUGAUCAUUACCUCUGAGCUCCCCUCCACUGAUCUGGAGUUCCAGGAAGACAAGGACGAGCUGAGUACCAUCAAUGUGUCCUGCUUCGUGGACGUCCAGGAGUGGUCCCUGUGUGACUACGUGGCCUCCGUCCCCUACACAGAAUCCAAAGUCUUCUCCCAGAAACGGAACGUCAACACCAAAUUUCCCGGCAUUUCCGUCGGAUGUUGCGCAGUCAGACGCGCGGGAUUCUUCGUCUGGAACGUUAUCGUCAUCAUGACUCUUAUAUGUGCCACUUCCUUCGCCACAUUCGCAGUCAGUCGCAAGCUACCUCAGAACCGAUUACAGCUGUCCAUCACUCUCAUGUUGACGGCGGUCACCUUCCGUCUGACGACGAACGCUAAUCUCCCCAAAAUAUCCUAUCACACCCGCCUAGACAAGUUUAUCCUGGCCAACAUGUUCUUUAACUGGCUGGUGACGGCCUGGCACGCGGUCAUAACGAGGUUCGACUAUGACGAUGACCUACAAGCGACAAUGGACAACUGGGCCUUCCUCGUCUUCCUCAUUGCAUACGGGCUCUUCCUAGUCGUUUUUGUUUCCUUAGUGCUCAUUACAUAUGUGUUACGAAAUAACGAACUUCAAUCAAAGCUGAAGAUAUACGAGGAGAAAGCGGAGAAGUUACUAGGUGGCCAUUGGAAGGAUUCCCGCUCGAAGGAGCAGGAGGACGUCACAAUUAGGAGACGUGGGGGAUUGUCCUACUCCACGCCAGGGACAGCGUCGGCUGUGUAUCCUAUGGAUACCUGAAUCACAGCCUCCUUCUGGUCUCCACCAGAUACACUUGUGAUAUUAAAUUAAAGACAUUCCAUUUAUUUAUAUAUAUAUAUAUAUAUAUAUACAUUUUCAUGCAUAAUUACCAAGAGGUGUAAUAUAAAUGAAUGGUGAAAAAAACCCGUAAAACUUGCCAAAAACCACAGCAUGGUCAGAAAUGUUUCCAUUGUUUUACCUGGUGGCAACAACUAAACACAAACGCAGACUUCAAAACAAUGAGAAUGUCUGCUGAUGUUGCUCUCUCUCUCUCUCUCUCUCUCUCUCUCUCUCUGAAUAAUUAGAUACUAUUCGUGCUUCAUUCUCAGCUUUCACAAAGAUAACCAUAUUAAAGCUUUAUACGUAGAUUUUAUUAUAUUUAUUAAACACUUUAUUCAACAAUUACAAUUUGUGUUACUAAACCAAUACAAAUAAAUCAUUUUAAAAAUGACUGUAGUGUAAACAGAAAAAUGACUAGAAGUUACUAUGUCCAAAAAUUACCGUAUCUUGGGGAUAACUACAUAUACACAAAUUAAAACAUAUUUCAUGUUCAUAUAUAAACAUAUAUAAACUCAAAAAUGACUGUAGUGCAAACAGAUAAAAAUGACUAGAAGUUAUUAUGUCGAUAAUUGACCGUAUGUUGGGGAUAACUAUAUCUACACAAAUCACAAACAUAUUUUUCAUAGACAUAUAAAGUCAAACCUUUAUAAGGUCAUUGCAAUCUAAUUACAAUUAGACUCAAUUCUAAUUUUAAUCAGAUUGGAGAUCAUUGUAUAUAAACAGGUACCGUCAUACGUAUAGCACAAGAUCUAUUAUAACACUUCAAGAUGAAUACACUCAAGUUUGUAAUACUCCUGUAUUUAUAUAUUACAGCUAUCACAGUCAAACCUCAAUAAAUUCAGCUAUCACAAAAUUUUUACGUAAUACGGACAACAAAACAUCAAAAUACAUGUAGUUUUGAUAUGUCUUUGGUUAACUGAUUAAUUAAAUACAUGUAGUUCACUAUUUAUCAAAAUACAUGCAUUACCGUUAAUGAUGCAGUCAACAAUAUACUAGUAUGGGAACAUCUUAAAUCUCUUUCAUUAUUUUCCUUUGUUUAUUCUUUCAAGUUUUGGAUGAAAAGACAUCCAUCAGCCUGUUGCACUUAAUUGCUGGAACCCCUGAGCUUUACACUUCAAUCAUACAUCAGGCAAUUGAUUCUCUAUAUAAGAUUUAUUACAGGUUAAGAAAAAUCCAAUGAUUGGUUGAUGAACAUCCAUGAUACACAGUACAAUUUCUGUAAAAUGUUUGACUAAAUCCUAAGUACAUCUUCAAUAGUAGCUACAUGUAACUUCUAAAUAAAACCAAUACUGGUGUC